CUUCAGUUGAACGGCGGAUCAAAUCAGAAAGGGAGAGAGAAAUUUCAAAUCUCACUUUCAUCCCGCUCCAAUUUUCAUGUUCUUUUCGAUUUCGCACACAAAAGCACCCUCAACGACGAGUGUGAUUUGAUAAGUUUAAUUCCAACAAUAGAAUCAAACUCACUAUCUCAUACAUACUCACUGGCGAAAAUGUCAAAUCGACACGAGAAAGAGAAGGGCGUCAAUGUCCAGGUUCUUCUCCGUUGUAGGCCGUUUAGUGGUGAUGAGUUGCGAAACAAGGCGCCAGAGGUGGUGACCUGUAAGGAAUACCAGCGCGAGGUUUCAGUAUCGCAGAAUAUUGCUGGCAAACAUUUUGAUAGGGUCUUUACGUUCGACAAGGUUUUUGGACCGGAUGCACAACAGAAAGAUUUAUAUGAGCAAGCAAUUGUUCCCAUUGUUGACGAAGUCUUGGAAGGCUUUAAUUGCACGAUAUUUGCCUACGGACAAACGGGCACGGGAAAAACUUACACGAUGGAGGGUGAAUGUAAAAGGUCGAAGAGUGGGCCUAAUGGGGAGUUGCCACCUGCAGCUGGAGUCAUACCCAGAGCAGUAAAGCAGAUUUUUGACACAUUGGAGGGUCAAAAUGCUGAAUACAGUGUGAAAGUCACUUUCUUAGAGCUAUAUAAUGAGGAGAUUACAGACUUGUUAGCUCCUGAAGAUAUAUCUAGGAUUUCAGCGGAAGACAAACAGAAAAGGCAAUUGCCACUCAUGGAAGAUGGGAAAGGAGGUGUUCUUGUUAGAGGACUAGAAGAGGAGAUUGUCACAAGUGCUAAUGAGAUAUUCACUUUACUUGAAAGGGGCUCUGCUAAACGUCGGACUGCAGAAACCUUACUAAAUAAACAAUCAAGCCGAUCACACUCUCUUUUCUCCAUUACAAUACACAUUAGGGAAACCACACCUGAAGGCGAAGAAUUAAUAAAAAGUGGCAAGUUAAAUUUGGUUGAUUUAGCUGGUUCAGAAAACAUAUCUCGCUCUGGUGCGAGGGAGAGUCGUGCUAGAGAAGCGGGAGAAAUAAACAAAAGCUUGCUUACAUUAGGACGAGUGAUUAAUGCUCUUGUGGAGCAUCUUGGCCAUAUUCCUUACAGAGAUAGCAAGAUCACACGUUUACUUCGUGAUUCACUGGGGGGAAGAACCAAGACCUGCAUUAUUGCAACAGUGUCUCCAGCAGUUCAUUGUCUCGAGGAAACAUUGAGCACACUGGAUUAUGCUCACCGGGCUAAGAAUAUAAGGAAUAAGCCUGAGGUGAAUCAGAAGAUGAUGAAAUCAACACUUAUUAAAGAUCUCUAUGGUGAAAUUGAAAGGCUUAAAGCAGAGGUUUACGCUGCACGGGAGAAAAAUGGAGUCUACAUUCCUAAAGAGAGAUACUAUCAGGAGGAAAGCGAGAGGAAGGCAAUGGCCGAGCAAAUAGAACAAAUGAGCGUUAUGAUUGAAAACCACCAAAAGCAACUGGGGGUAUUGCAAUUUAAAUAUGAUGGUCAAGUUCUACAUUGCUGUGAUUUGAGCAACAAAUUAGAUGCUACCCAAAAAGACUUGAACCAAACUAGCAAACUGUUGACAAACACUGAAGAGGAACUAAAAAGAUGCCAAUAUGCCGUCAAAGAGCGUGACUUUAUCAUAUCUAAACAGGAAAAAGCAGAAAAUGCACUGGCUGAUCAAGCAUUUGUUUUACGUGCUGAUUUGGAGAAAACACGGAAGGAUAAUACGUCAUUAUUUCUUAAGAUUGCGAGAGAGGACAAACUGAAUGCUAAUAAUAGGUCAACCGUGAGCAAUUUUCAAGCAGAGCUCGCUCAGCAGCUUGGCUCCCUUUGUGAUACACUGACCAUAUCAAUGUCUCGACAAAGUGAUCACCUUCAAUGUGUUGAGAAACUCUGUAGCACUUUUCUAGAAGUACUUGAGAAGGCAGCUACAAAUUUAAAGAAGAAAGUAAAUUCUUCAAGGGUAUUGUAUAUAUCUCACUUUGAGGCUGUACAAAAUGUGGUGCGGCUGCAUAAAGCAAGUAGUAAUGCUGCCUUAGAGGAAGUUUCGACUUUAGCUUCUUCAAAUUCACGCUCCAUUGAAGAAUUUUUAGCUGCAGGUGCGGUCGAAGUAAAUUCAGUUUUUGAUGAUCUUCAGGAUGCUUUAUCAAGUCACCAAGGAGAAACAACACAUUUGGCUAGAGAGCUUCGCCAGAGAUUUACUUCUAGUACUGAGAACUUGAUGAAUACUUCAGAAACCAUUCAUGAGUUUCUUGAUAAGCUUUUGGAAGAAUCGAAAAGCUUCGAAAGGCAUGCAACUAAGGUGGAUGAAAUUCAGUUGAAAAGUAUUGCUGAAUUUCAGAAGGCUUAUGAGGAAAAAUCGAGAUCUGAUGCUGAGAAGCUUAUUGCUGAUAUGACCUCUCUCAUAUCAGGUUGCAUGCAUCGUCAGAAGGAGAUGGUGGAUGCAAGGCUUGGAGAUAUCAAGGAAAGUGUGAUUGGAAAUAAGAAGUUUAUAGAUGGGCACGUUUCGUCAAUGGAAGGAAUUGCAAUGGACCUAAAAAGGAAAUGGCAGGAUUCUUUUAAGCUAGCAGAGAAUAACUUCAAAGAUAGUGCUGACUUCUCUGCUGCCAAGCAUUGUCGUAUGGAGUUACUUUCACAGAAAUGUGCAAACACUACAGAAACAGCUCUGAAGCAGUGGCAAAGAGCACAAGAAUCUUUGAAUGACAUGGGAAGCCAACAUGCAUCAACAAUUGCUUUACAUGUUAGGAGCAUUUGUGAUAGUAAUGAACAACAUGAUACCGAAAUUGACUCUGCAAGGGUUGCAGCUGAAGAAGAUAUCACGAAGAAUGGUGAAAACAUUAUCCAUAGUCUCGGUGGUAUUUUAGAACAAGAGCGAGUAUGUAUAUCAGAAAUUAUGACAGCUUCUGGAGCCCAUUUAGAGACGUUGGAGAGCCUUCAGAAAGAUCAUUCUCAACAAUCGGCUUCAAUUGAACAGUAUGCUAUUGAUACUUUCAGGCAGAAUUACAUGGAUUACGAGCCAACAGGCACUACACCCGUUAGGUGUGAGCCGGACAUUCCCAGCAAGUGCACCAUUGAAUCGCUUCGAGCCAUGCCUAUGGAGACCCUACAAGAAGAAUUUCGGGAAAACCUUUCGUAUGAAUCUUUUAAAGUAAAGGAACUGAAGCCGUCCCUUAUUCCUCGUUCUCCACUUUCACAAAUUAACUCAUAAUUGUGCAUUUGCUGUUAAAUGCAUGAUGUUUAUUCAAUUUUCAUAUUUUGUACUUGUCAUGUAUACUGUUACUCCCUCUGCAAAAUACAUGGAAUGCUAGAUGGUUGAAAGGCUAGCAAUUCCAAUCCCUGGUGCAUAAUGUUGUAGGAUUAUCAGAUUGAUUAAUGAAUCCCUGCUCGGGAUUUAGCUAAGUUUGUAAAUGGAGGUAGAAUGGCUUAUCACUGUUUGUGUUUAUUUGUAAUAUACAGAUUGUUGUCGGGUAUGUUGAGUACUUCAUGAGCUAAAUGUUUGCAAGUACUUUGUACGUGAUAGCGUAAAUAAAUAGCAGCAACUUCAUUUUUA